GCCACAGGCCGUUUUCCCUUGUGCUUUGCCCACUUGUUCCAUGAUGUCUAUCUUGGCAGACUAGAAGACUUGAGAAUGAUGCAGCGGGUGAGCAUAUCCAGGAAGCUCCUGGUCCCGAAGAUGAGAAGCGAAGGAGGUCGGUGUCGGAUAACUCGCCCCGUGUGUAUCAUGAACAACCAGAUUGAAUGGGACCUCGAUACGUCCCUAGUAAAAGGUCCCGCACGAUCCGUACCGUCGGAUCAAUAUACGCACUCAUCAGCUCGCAAUCUAUUUGCCGCUCUCCCAAACAAAACCCCAAAACAAGACAGCCACCCCCCUAUCGCCAAGGCACAGAACUAUGAGCCGCCACCCGUCAAUGAGGAUGGAGGCAGAACAAUAUCAUCAACUUGCCACCGGGGCAUGGCCCUCCUGGAAUGACGACAGUUUUAACGAACACCAAUGGAACGACAACUCUGGUAUAUUCGACGACAGCUGCAUUACCGCUGACUAUUUCCUUCCCUUGAUGCCGGAUUUCUUAGACUCAUCGCACUUCCUAUUAACUCAAACGGACGGCUCAGCAUUGGGUUCUGCUUCCAAAUUCACUGAUUCCAUCCCACAGCCGGAUCCUCCCGAGUUUGAGCCUGCGUCGGUGAUGGAUGUCAUUUCUCCGCUCAGUUCAGGUGGUACUACUUGGACCUCACCAUCGCUGGAAUUUGAUUUCAACAGUCCCGUCAUCGGCACCACACAGCCACAGUUUGGGGCUGUCCCACUAGACAGAACGGCCCAGAUGAGAGACGAGUUGAGUUCCAAUGCGCCCGCUAUCGCUCCAAUGGACACCGUCCAACGGCCGCCGGCCCAGCCUGCCCCGGAAAUCAACUCUUGGAAUGGUGUCCAACAACAACCACCGCUGUGCCCCGCCAGCCCCAGACUGCUUACAAUGGCAGACAAACCUCCCCAUAUUUCAGCGCGCCAAUGGCGCAUGGAGAUCAGGCCGGAGAGGUGCCGUGUCUGCGGGAAGGGUCACACGUACCCGGCUGAGCUCAAGAAACACAUGGUCGCCCAGCAUCGCCACCUCGCUGCGGAGUAUGGGCUUUCUACGGAGCGAUAUGUCUGCAAGUGGUGCGGCAAGUCGUAUGCGAGAGAUGAUCAUCUAACGCGUCAUCGGACGAAAGAACAUGGGCGGGAAAAAUACGCGAAAAGAAGAAGGAAGGGGGAAAGAGGGGAUGGGACUUGAACACGGAGCUGGUGAACAUCAAGGGUGCGUUAAUGAGCCGAGCUUUUGGGAUUUCCUAGUUCCGGAUGAUUUUUCUUGAAGCGGACUUUUGAAAUGGUACACAGGGGUGGGUGGGGUCUCCGAGUCGGAGUUUCUCCUGACUCGGGGCCGGGGGUUUCUCACUGCCUACUUUUUGAGACAUACGCUACGUUUCAUAGCUAUCAUGACUUGACGACUUCUCAAUUUAGUAUUAUCUGUCUUUUCGAAGGCCUCUGUCCAAAAAUAAGAAUAUAUAUAUAUAUAUAUA